AAACCAAAUCCAAAUCUCCAUUUCACAACAACGAAUUCAAUCGACAGCAUUCGCAACCUGCAGAUCGAUCCAUUGCAGAACCCUGGUCUCGAAAGUUGAAGCCAUGUCUCCAGCAUCCAGAUCUAAAUCUAAAGAUAAAAAGGCCACCAAGGAAACUGCAAAAGGUUCCUCGAAGCCUUUAGGUCCUGCUAACACCAGUGGGUACAAUCCUCUAUCCGGAACAUUCCACACAUUCGACACAACACCUGUGCCUUCAGUUAGCCCACUCCACAUCAACGGCCGUUUCCGUACCAUUGAUGAUUCGGACGACCAGAAUGGGAACUCGUCAGGGACCGGCGCCGAGUACGAUUCUGUUUCCAACAAUGGAAGCUGGUCGGGCGAGUCGGAAGACCACAAGGAAAAAGCCUCUCAGGCCCAAAAUUCACGCCAGGAAUCUAUACCCGGGGCCGACAAUGACAAAAGAGAAAAGGUACGCCUGAAGAAUGAGCGGAAACACCAGCGGCAGAAGGAGAGGCGGGCACAGGAGCUGCAUGAGCGGUGCAGUGGCUAUCUCAUGUCGAGGAAGCUGGAAGCCCUUGCUCAACAGCUUGUCUCCAUGGGCUUCUCACAUGAACGGGCUACAAUGGCUCUCAUUCAGAACGAGGGUAGGGUAGAGGAGUCGGUAGCGUGGCUUUUUGAAGUAGCCGAAGACGAGAAACAGUUGGGAAGUGACCUCGGUGGCAGUGGCGGGGGGAAUUUGAAGAUCGACAUAUCGGAAGAGCUCGCGUGGAUUACGGACAUGGAGAUUAGGUACAAGGCCUCAAAGCAGGAGGUCGAGAGGGCUGUGGUUUCCUGCGAGGGUGACCUACACAAGGCCGAGGAGAUUCUAAAGGUUCAGAAGCAGGAGAGUCCUCCAGCUGCCCCACACAAGGCGGAUGAAACUGGGGAUCCUUCUACUGCUGCCACUGGAGGCAGGCUGCAGGUGACGACUAUGGGUCAGAAUGUGAUGAGGGGGCCGCAGGUACCCGCCCCGGUGGAUAAAAGGUGGCCGGGGAUGGGACCUAAUAAUAAUAAUAAUACUAGUAAUAGUACUCCUGUCUCUUGCUCCCUAGCUACUACUACCCCUCUGCAGGCUGCGUCUCCCCCUGCCAAGCUGGAGGCUAGGUAUCUCACUGUCAGCAACGAAUUGAAAAACUUGCAGCUUGGGUCAGUGAGGGAACCAGUCACCGUCAUGCAAAGGCCACAAUCCGUGAACCCAAAGCAAGCUCCUGUUUCAAGCAUGAGCUCCUCUCCCCCGGGGUCGGUGGCCAUGGGCAGCAAUUGGUAUCCCAACACGACCACUGGUGGUAUUGAUACAAUGAAGCCCAAAGUCGUGGCCCCCGCCACUGCCAUCUCUAGAAGCAUUAGUCCCAAUGGUGUUAGUUCAAAUCCGUUGUACAACCAGUUCCAUUCCCAGCUGCCAUUUGUGCCCAAUCACAACAGUGGCCCGAUGGACCUCCACAUGCCCCCUUUGCGAGUGAAUGCCGGUGGCAGCCUGUGGAGCAGUAGGGGAAGUGCAUCACCGGCACUCUCGGCUGCCUCGUCUCUUGGUCUCUUUUCCGGGAUUGGCUCGUCCGGGUCGUCUUCCCCGGUGGACUGGAGCACGGGGAGUUCCAGCCUGCAGCUGGACUAUACCAGCAUAGACUGGAGUCUGGAUCUGGGUACGCUGCCAACGAGGCCCAAUGGGCUGUGGGCUGGCGGGAGCUACCCGGUGCAGGGUAAAGGCCAAGGGUUUGACUCUUUUGCAUAUGGUCUGGGAAUGAAGGCGGCAGCCAUGAGGCCGGUGCUGUCUUCUGGUGGUGGGCUGCCUGAGGGGAUUGCGGGUUCUAGCGAAACGGGCAGUGCAAGUUCUCGGGAGUGGACUUCGCCGUUUGAGGAGAGAGACAUUUUCAGUUUGCCCAGGCAGUUUGUUUCGUCCCCAUCUCUGUGA